AGUUCAACUGUCGGAAUUGUGGGAAUCAGGAAUAGGUAAAUUAUGGCCGACGAAGGAGACGACUGGUUCGGCGGCGGCGGCGACGACGACGCGCCGCCGGCGGUCAAGCCCGUAGGCAAGAAGGGCGAGGAGGCGGCCGAGGCGGCUGAGGAGGCGGAACAGGGCGAGGAGGCGCCCGAGGAGGGCGAAGGCGCCGCCGAAGCGCCCUUGCCCGAGGCGGACGAAGAGUACCUGGAUCCCGAUAAAUUGAUACUGUUCAAACAUUGGGUAAGACCUAAAUUCCUGCCGUACAAGUGCAUCUACGACUACCGAAAGAACUACUACGACGACGUGAUGGAGGUGCUGGAGAGCCGGAGGCGCGGCGUCAGAAGGACCAUUCCUCCGGCCCAGACGUGGGCCGAAAGGCUGUGCAGGCAGCGCAACGACCCCCUGUGGAAGCUGCAGACGUUCGACAAAUUCCUCGACGACGUCAGGCUGGUGACGAGGACGCAGAUCAGCGGCGACCUGUACAGCUACUACGCAAAGGACCAGUUCAACAAGAGGUACUCGAAGCUGUUGUACUGACAU